GCAUUACAAGGUGGCUUAUAGAUAACAUAUCACUUGAAUGUUUAUUGGUCCACGUGUCAAACACCUCUUCAACUCCAAACUUUACAGUAACCAUUUGCAAUAUCCCGUGCUUCACUAAUCACUACACAUGUUACUAUUUCAUAUGCAGCUAGAAACAUCAUUUGCAGCUUCUUUAAAUUUGUAGAAAACCCUCUUUGUCUGCCACUUGCAACAUCUUCCAAUUACCCUACAACGUUUUUACCUUGUUUGCUUUGCAUUAUCAUAAGUCAUAGAGUCAACAAAGGGCAGGGUGAGUAUAAAUAUGUGGGCAUAUAACCAAAAGGUUUCAUUCAAGACUCAAUCAAUUGCUUGACAAACAUGUCGCUUUCCUGUGCCAAGAACUUCUUCCAGAGGUUCUGGAUGGAUGAAUUCCAAAUGCCAAGUUUCUCACACAGCAGCUUCUUGAACAAUGACCUCUUACCAUCUCUUGGAGCAAGAAUAAACCAGGAAACUCGCCUUCGAAAAUACAUAGUUUCGCCUUUCGACCCGCGUUAUAGGGCUUGGGAGAUGUUACUGGUUGUUCUAGUGGUUUACUCAGCCUGGAUUUGUCCCUUUGAGUUCGCGUUUCUGACUUACAAGCAAGACACGCUAUUCAUCAUAGAUAACAUAGUGAAUGGCUUCUUUGCAGUUGACAUCAUCCUCACAUUCUUCGUGGCCUACUUAGACAGCCACUCAUAUCUUCUGGUUGAUGAUCCAAAGAAAAUUGCAAUCAGGUACAUAUCUACCUGGUUUGCCUUUGAUGUAUGCUCCACAGCACCAUUCCAGCCAAUCACCCUCCUCUUCACAAACCACAGCAGUGAGAUUGGUUUCAAAGUCCUUAACAUGCUUCGAUUAUGGAGGCUCAGACGAGUCAGCUCUCUUUUUGCCAGACUCGAAAAGGACAUUCGCUUCAACUACUUCUGGACAAGGUGCACAAAGCUUAUUGCUGUAACAUUGUUUGCAGUCCAUUGUGCCGGCUGCUUCAACUAUCUGAUUGCAGAUAAGUACCCGGAUUCAAAGAGAACCUGGAUUGGCGCCACGUACCCGGAUUUCAAAGAAGAAAGCCUCUGGGACAGAUAUGUGACUGCAAUGUACUGGUCCAUUGUCACUCUUACAACCACCGGCUAUGGAGAUUUGCAUGCAGAGAACACCAGAGAGAUGCUGUUUGAUAUCUUCUACAUGCUCUUCAACUUGGGUUUAACAUCAUACAUCAUUGGAAACAUGACCAACCUAGUUGUUCACUGGACCAGCCGCACCAGAAACUUUAGAGAUACAGUGAGAGCAGCCACUGAAUUCGCUUCCAGAAACCAUCUUCCACCACGGAUACAGGAUCAGAUGUUGUCACACAUAUGCUUGAAGUUCAAGACAGAAGCAUUGAAGCAGCAAGAAACUCUGAAUGAUCUGCCAAGGGCGAUUCGUUCAAGCAUUGCACACCAUCUGUUCUUUCCAGUUGUGCAAAGGGUCUACCUCUUCAAAGGAGUCUCCCAUGACUUCCUUUUCCAACUGGUUUCAGAAAUGGAAGCUGAGUAUUUCCCACCCGGGGAAGAUGUGGUACUGCAAACCGAGUCGUCUACAGACUUGUACGUUCUGGUUUCAGGGGCAGUGGAUCUUGUUCAAUACGUGGAUGGCCAAGAACAACUCUUUAGAAAAGUAUUUGCAGUAGAUACAUUUGGUGAGAUUGGUGCGUUAUAUCAUGUACCUCAGCCUUUCACAGUUCGGACCACAGAGCUUUCUCAAAUUCUAAGACUCAACAGAACAUCACUCACCAAUGUUUUGCAUGCAAAUCCCAGAGAUGCGCAGAUCAUAACAGAUAACCUCUUCAUGAGGUCAAAGGGGCAUCAAGAGCCAGGCUUGGAAUAUCCGAGUGCGGAUCCUAGAUUGUUUCUUCAGAAACUGCUUCACGGAGGCAACAAAAGAGGCAGAUUUUCCCGCACAUGUACGGAUUCUGAGGCCAAUUUGCAGGAUGAUCAUCAUUCAAUCAGUGCUGAAGAUGGAAAAAGAGAUGAUAAAGACAUGGUUGAAAUUCUGCUUGAGAGAGACGCAAAUGCAAAUACCCCAAAAGUUCCAGUGCAACAGCUCAAAAGCAAGAGCAUCUCUGACCAAAUAGUGACUUGUGAAAAGGAGAUGAAAUCUUCAGGAGAAUAUAGAAUACAGGUUGUGGAGCCAGAAAUACUUAACCUUGAUAGGAAUGACUCAACCAUGAACAAAAGAAAAGAUGCUUCUGGGUUCAUGAAGAAGAGAGUCACAAUCCACUUGCUAAGCGGGUGCAAAACUAACCCACAGGGACAGUACGGAAAGUUGAUCAUCCUUCCUGAAUCAUUGGAAGAGCUGCUCAACAUUGCUGGUGAAAAAUUUGGAGGCUUGAAACCUACAAAAGUAAUUAAUGAAAAGAAUGCAGAGAUAGACGACACAAACGUCAUUAGAGAUGGGGAUCAUCUCUUCUUUCUUUGUAGUGAUAGUGAAAAUUUGACAUUAUGAUAUUAGCAGUGCACAAGCAAUGGUAGGUUGUACCUUUAGGAAAGCUAAUUAAUGUCAUAAUCAAAUUGGAAAAAAUGAUACAAUUCAAUUACAACAUAGGCU